AUGGUCCAACUCACCCAGUUCGUUUUGGCGACUUCCGCCCUCGCCAGCGCUGUGUCUGCAGCUCCCAAACCACCUGCUCCACCAGCACCACCGCUACCAAGCAACGUUACAGUCAACCCUUGGAUUGGAAAGGAUCGUUAUGUCGUUCAAAGUUACUCGAAGAAGCUUGAUCAGACCAUUGCUUCGUUUAUUGCACAAAACGAUAGCCUCAACGCAGCACGCACGCGUACCGUAGCCCAGAAAGUAUCCACCUUCACAUGGAUCACUUCACGUGCUGGCCUCCAAGACAUUACCGUUACCAUUAAGGAGGCUCGCAAGCAGAAGAAGGGUCUCAAGCCAAUGAUUGUGGGUCUGGUCCUCUACAAUCUCCCCGACCGCGAUUGCUCUGCUGGCGAGUCUGCCGGUGAGCUCAGCUCCGCAAAGGACGGUCUGAACAUCUACAAGAAGGAAUUCGUCGACCAGUAUGCCAAGCUCGUAUCUCAGGCCAGGGAUCUCGAAUUCGCCAUUGUGCUUGAGCCAGAUUCUUUGGGCAACGCCGUUACCAAUCAGAAUGUUCCCUUUUGCGCGACCGCCACCCCAAUAUACGAGGAGGGCAUCGCCUACGCAAUCUCCAAGCUUCAGUUUCCCAAUGUCCAUUUAUACAUGGACGCUGCUCACGGAGGUUGGCUGGGCUGGGCUGACAACCUGAAGCCUACUGCUGAGGUCUUCGCGAGGGUUGUCAAUAUGGCGAAGAAGCUCAACCCUGCAGCCAAGAUCCGGGGCUACUCCACGAACGUAUCCAACUACAACCCCUUCCAGGCCAAGGUACGUGAAAACUACACCGAAUACUCGCCAUCUUGGGACGAAAGCCACUAUGCCUCAUCGCUUGCCACAUACAUGGAGGCUGAGGGUCUACCCGGCAACUUUAUCAUUGACCAGGGUCGGGUCGCUCUACCUGGUGCUCGGAAGGAGUGGGGCGACUGGUGCAACGUUGCACCAGCUGGCUUCGGACUGCUCCCUGGGGCUACUCAGAACAACACCAAUGUCGACUCAAUUGUAUGGAUCAAGCCGGGUGGUGAAAGUGAUGGAGCAUGCGGUCUUGCUGGUGCACCGGUCGCUGGUGCUUGGUUCGACUCUUACGUUCAGAUGUUGGUCAAGAACGCCGACCCAUCUCUUAAGCCGACCUACUCGACGUCCUGA